AUGGCUUCUGCUGCCCACGAUGUGAAGAUCCUUCUGAAAGGACUUGUCUCCUCAUCAUCACAAGGUCUACAGGAGAUAGACUUACAGGAGAGAUUCCACCUCAUAAAGGAACUUGGAAGUGGAGGACAUGGUUCAGUGCUGCUGGUAAAGGACAAAGAAACAAAUCAGAAGAUGGCGUUGAAGAUCUUGGAAAAGAAAAGAACAAGUAAAAGGCAAUUUCUGAUAGAGUUCAGUGUGUCCUCCUACCUUUCUUCUCAUCCCAACAUCAUCAGGAGUUUUGACAUGGCCUUCAAGACCCAAGACCACUUCGUAUUUGGCCUAGAGGCGGCACCAGUUGGUGACCUGUCCUCUAUAAUUGUACGCAAUGUUGGACUUCUAGAAGACAAUGUUAAGAGAUGUGCCAUGCAGAUUUCCAGUGCUCUGGAAUUUAUUGCCGAGAAAGGACUGGUGCACAUGGACAUAAAAUGUAAAAACAUUUUGGUAUUUGACCAGGAGUGUCGUUGUGUGAAAAUCACUGACUUUGGCCUUACUCGUAUGAAAGGAACAGUGAUUAGAUCUAAGUCUGGCAGCACCUCCUACAGGGCCCCUGAGAUGUGUGAACUCACUGGACAGGAAGAACUGGCUGUAGACUCCACUCUGGAUGUAUGGAGUUUUGGAGUGCUCCUCUACUGCCUGAUCACAGGAAAAUUUCCCUGGAAGGUGGCCACAGAUAAAGACAAAAGAUUCAGCAGAUUUGUUGCCUGGCAAAACAAUCAUUGUGAUGACCCCCCAGCAUCAUGGAACAAACUGCCCACAUGUCUGCAGAGAAUGUUCGGAUGUCUCUUAGCUGUGGACUACAGUCAGAGGAGCAAACCGACUGAAGUCUUGUGUUAUAUGGAGGAGAGCUGGAAAACAGAUUCAACCUAUUCAACGGAUUGA